CCUACAGCGUCCAUCACAAUUACAUACACAUGGUCAAUUAUGCAAAUUUUGCGAUGACGUCAUUAAGCGACUUUUAGGACAGCCAAUAGCUACUUUUCUUACUGAGGAGUUGGCAACACUCUGCUUGCAUGUCAUGUUGACGAAUACUAAAAACGGAGCUGGCAACAUGUCCGCCACUGCUGCUGCUCAGCAAAACAAUAACGAGGAGCCUGGUCUCAACGGGUCAUGGGUGGAGCUGGAGAUGAAUGGAAACAACGGGAACCAGGCCCUGCUGCCAAACUCCACCACACCCUCUCCUGCCCCUGGGAACGGGAAUGAGGGGCAGAGUCAGGCCCCUCAGGCCCUGGAGGUGGUGCCAGAGGAGGUGGAGGAGAGUCUGACAGGGGUGCUGGAGCAUGUGCCCUCAUCCUCCUCUAUCCACAAUGGAGACAUGGAGAAGAUCCUGCUGGACGCCCAGCACGAGUCCAGCCAGAGCAGCUCCUCCUGCGACAGUCCUCACCGACCUCCCAGUCCGGAUCAGGAUGACGGCCAAAUCACCUUUGAUGUGGAGAUGUCCAGUCGGAGAGGGAGUCAGUCAGAGGAGGAAGGCCCAGAGAAAGACAGAGAAGAUGAUAUCCUGAUGAACAAGGGUGCAGACUGGGUUGCAGAUUGGUCCAGUCGGCCCGAAAACGUUCCACCCAAGGAGUUCCACUUCCGGCACCCCAGACGCUCAGUAUCCCUCAGCAUGAGAAAUAGUGGAGCCAUGAAGAAAGGGGGUGUCUUCUCUGCUGACUUCCUCAAAGUCUUCAUCCCUUCCUUACUCCUAUCUCACAUCCUUGCCCUCGGCAUCGGGUGAGUGACUGUACCAUCUUACACAACUAGCAAAUCAAAUGGAUAUAUGGUCUACAUUGGGAAGAGACUCACCACGCCUUCCACCAGCUCUUUCUAAACCCAGUGCCUGGAAGUUGCAUCUAAAUGAUCCUAUUGACUACUUGUUACAAUGUCUUCAUGUGCUAUAAUGCCCUCUUUUCCUCUGCAUCCAUUGUAUGCCUCGCUAUCUCCUUUCAACUGUUUUUUUCCCUUUAGUUAUUUGUACCACUUUAUCUUGACACUGACUCACCCAAGUAGCGUGCUUUUGGAGGGUUCAUAAUUCAUAAAUUAUUGUGAACCUUUAACCUUUUGACACAGAUUGGCUUCGAACAGUAAUGAUUCUGAGUGUUGUACUUCCGAAAUAAAUUAUUCUUAAAAAGCUGUUGAUAACCUGUACUGCACAAACACUGAGGUGGCUGGUAUUGGAGUGGCACAAGGCCUGAGGGUUUGGAAUCUCUUAGAUUUCUAUAUAAAUGCCUUAGCUUAGACUGAGAGAUUGUGCUUUGAGAAAUGAAGAGUUUCUCUACUGUUCUCUACUCCAAGUCAGUCAGUUAAUUUCAUGGUGACUUGUACCUGAACCAAAAUAAGCUACAUAUCUGCAGUACAUCUUUCAAUUGGCAUUGAGAGUUGCAGUGACUGUGAAUCAAGUGGUCCUGUUGUUCAGAUUUUUUAUUUUUAUUACAUGGAGUUUGGAAUAAUUUUCAGCCCAGACUUAGAAAAUAUAAAUUCAGGAGAAGUUUGCUUGUAUUCCAGCCUACUCUAGUUAUACCUAAUUUUUGUUAUAUUUAGUAGCCCCAAGUAAUUUUCUCUAAAGGAGGUGGUCUCUUGGUGAAAGGGUGUGAAUAGUGAUUCUAGUAGCUACUGCAGGUUUCCAUUGAUUAACAGGAAAACAUCCCAGCAGAUAGUUAUGCCGAUGCAGAAAGAGUAGUAAAUCUAAAUGCUCUGUAGUACAGGGUGAAGUACUAUAGUAGUAAAGGGAAAGUUUGAAUGAAGACAAUUUUUAAUGUACAGUAGUUGAUACAAAUAUACACAACCUGCCUGCUGUUUAGCAACUCAAAUGUGUCUGCCACACAUUCUUCCUUUUGUUUGUCAUAUCUUAUUUAUUUUCUCCAUGCUGAUUCUAUAAACCUUUGAAUUUAAGUUUUCCAGUGUUAACAUGCCCUCAGUUUAUACAGUGUAUAGGUCCAGCCACCAUACUGAGUAGGAUGUAUUGGUGGAAUGAUGUUAUAACUGGCCACAAAUGAUUCAGUUUAGUUUGCUUUUGGUACACAAAAUGACUACUGCAUAGUGCCAAUUAUAGAUUUAUUUUCAUCUCAGUGCUUUCAUUGUAAAGGUAACACGGACACUGAUUUCUCAACUAUUGGACAAGUUUAACUAUAGGGUUAGACUAACACAAACAGUGACAUGCCCUCCUAUCUCCAGUCCUGAUAAGUCACCUACCUGAUUUUGACAUGUCCUUUGGUGAUCCAAUUUGAGGUUUUUCAUAAUCCUUAUGGUGAACAUUUUGUUUAUGCAUGAAAUAUGUUCAGCCAUUCCCCAUAGGCAUACAUUUUUAUUUAUUUCACCUUUAUUUAACCAGGUAAGCCAGUUGAGAACAAGUUCUCAUUUACAACUGCGACCUGGCCAAGAUAAAGCAAAGCAGUGUGAUUAAAAACAACAACACAGAGUUACAUAUGGUCUGCUUUAUGGAAAUGUAAGUAAUGAUUUUUGGAUACAUGUUUAACAAUUAGGUACUGAAAUUAUUUUAUGGAAUCUGAUAAGAAAAUAUUUUAUGGAAUCUGAUAUAGGAGCCUUUUUUUGGCAAAAGUAAAAAUGUUUUUUUGAAACAGUAAGUAAUUAUUCUCACAUAGCGUGCAAUAGGAACUCCUGGGAAAGUAACUAUACAGAACCAGCACUCCGCUGCUUGGUUAUUUAGGGUUUUGGAUUUUUAUCUUUAGGGGUAAGGGUGACUGGACAAUAGGGAUAGGUGUGAUGACAUGAGUAGGGUUCUUUUUCUUUCUGAGUGGGAUUGUUUUUUUUGUGCCUCUUUUCUUGGUUUGUACCAACUCAAAGUAACUCCCAUUGCAUGCAUGCCUUUAGCUUGUAAUUGGCAUUGAUUAACUUAUUAUCAUUCAUGAGAUGCCAAAGGCUGUCAUAGCUUUCAUAAAAAUUGUCAAGUCCAUCCUUGUAUCUAAGGCAGAAGAAGUAUGCGCAUUAUAAUUGGUUUCAUUUAUUUUUUGAUAAUCCAAAAUACAAGCUGAAAGAUGCUUUGCUUGUUCCUUAAACAUGUUUUGUUUGUGAUAUUGAUUCUAGUAGCAAGAAGUUUCAACCUUGUAGUUUGAUAGAUUUUUAUCAAAUUGGAAAAACUGACAUUAAAUGAGAAAUUAACUGCAAUACUCUCAAUGUGUUUUUGAAUGGUGAAAAUGAAUAUAACAGAAAUGUAUUGUAAAACAAUAAACAUUGUCAACAGAA